AUGGCGCCGGAGGAGCGCGUGGGCGCUGAGCGCCUGCUGCAGACUUUUGAGCGCCGCUUCCUGGCGUCGCGCGCGCUGCGCUCCUUCCCGUGGCAGAGCCUAGAAGAGGAACUGAGGGCCCCGUCGGGGUCGAAGCUGCUGCUGGAUCUCGUGCACAGGACCGCGAGACACCCUCUGUGUGUGAAGCACCCGCCAUCGGGGACCUACGUCCGGCGCUUUCUCUCAGAGCUCAUCAGAAAGCACGAGGCCGUGCACGCAGAGCCCCUGGACGAGCUGUACGAGGCGCUGGCAGAGGUCCUGACCACCAAGGAGUCCACACAGUGCCACCGGAGCUACUUGCUGCCUUCUGGAGAUGCGGUCACGCUCACGGAGAGCACCGCCAUCGUGGCGCACGGCACCACAGGCCUGGUCACGUGGGACGCCGCCCUGUACCUGGCAGAAUGGGCCGUGCAGAACCCAGCAGCCUUUGCUCACAGGACCGUCUUGGAGCUUGGCAGUGGGGCUGGCCUCACGGGCCUGGCCAUCUGCAGGACGUGCCACCCCAGAGCGUUCAUCUUCAGCGACUGUCACAGCCGCGUCCUUGAGCAGCUCCGCCAGAACAUUGCUCUCAACGGCUUCUCCUUGGAGCCAGAUGUGGCCACAGACCCCCGGCACCCCACAGUCACUGUGGCCCAGCUGGACUGGGACGUCGCCACAGACCUGCAGCUCUCCACCCUCCAGCCAGACGUGGUCAUCGCCGCAGAUGUGCUGUACUGCCUAGACGCCGUCCUCUCACUGGUCGGGCUCCUGCGGAGGCUCUCGGGCUGCCAGAAGGAACAGCAGGCUCCUGACGUCUACGUGGCCUCCACCGUCCGCAACCCAGAAACACCCCAGCUGUUCACUGCGCAGCUAGGCCAGGCCGGGAUCCGCUGGGAGGUGGUGCCGCCUCACGACCGGGCUCUGUUUCCUUACGAGGAGCAGUGGGAGGUGGUGAUUCUGAAGCUGGCGCUGUAGGCUCCCA